AAGAAGUAACGGACCAAAGGAAGAUUCAUCUACCAAAAUCUUCUGGUUUUCAUUCUGGUUAGUCGUGUGACGUGUCCUCCCCACAUAUAUACCAUUCCCAGAUCUACCAAAAUUACCUACUCACAAAUCCAACCCCCCCAAAACUCCUCCCAUUGAAUCUUCCAUUGCACGCAUAUUUAUCCGGUCACUAACGAAUUCACCGCCUCUUUGCUCCGACACCCGUACGCAGUAAUAGGUUUGGGGCUGUUUGGGGUCUGGGAAAGUUUUGAUGAUGUGGAACUCGAUUGCGAAUUUGAAGGAGAACUUGAACAAGAUCGCGCUCGAUGUGCACGACCACGACGACGACGACGAAGAGGACGAGCUCGAGAUCUAUGCCUCACGCAAUGGACUCGAAGAUUCUUCCGUCUCUGAUCGGAGGAAUUCCCACAGUUUCGCGCAUUCGAAGUCGGUCUCGCGGUCCCCAGUGCCGAAUGGGAUCGAUUCCGCGUAUAAUUUCGAGAUUGAACGGUACAAAGCUGAAAUCAAGAAACUUCAGGAAUCUGAAUCAGAAAUUAAAGCGUUAUCAGUUAAUUAUGCAGCUUUGUUGAAAGAAAAAGAGGAUCAGAUUUCUAGAUUGAGUAAAGAUUAUGGCACUUUGAAACAAAAUCUGGAUGCAACAAAUGCAGCUCUGCAUGCGUCUGGAAACGAAAGUGCCAAAGCAUUAACAAAUGGUGUUAUUGUGCACAAGGGAAGUACUGAUCAAUCAGCCCGACAGCAUAAGUUCACAACUCAGGUGAAAAACCGUUAUGCUGGAAACCAGAAACACAAUGGUGUGGUCUCUAAACAGGAUGCAAUAAGCAAUGGAGUCACACAUGCUGUUCAAUCUGAUGUCACUGGAAGUAAGAUGGAAGCAAAAGAUUCAAACUUGCUUGGAAAGGAGAAGGAGCUUGCAGAUUUAUUAGAAGAGAGAAAUAGGUCCCCUGCAGCAGUGCAACUUACUCCUGAUGUAAAACAAUUGAGGAUUGAACUGGAAAAAGAGCACGAUAAGUUGGCGAUUAUUCAGUCAAAACUACAAGAGGAACAGAAAUUGAAUGAAUCUUUCCAUGCGGAGCUCAAAUCACUGAAACUAGACAGAGACAGAACCUCCAAGGAACUGAGCAAAAUAUGCAACGAAUUGAGUGAAAAAAAUUCAGAAAUAAAACGACUGCAAAUGGAAUUGAAUCGACGGGAGGAUGAUGAUGCUGGUGGCGUUUUGGAUGGUUUGAAAAGAGUAAUUGUGGGCCUAGAGAAGGAAAUCAGUAGUCUUAAGAUGGAGAAAAAUGAAUUGAAGGUUGCUCUGGAAAUGAGCAGGAACUCUUUAACUGAUAAGGUCUCAUCAACUGGUUUGAACGAGAAGGAAGAUUCACCUGGAAGUUUCCCUGGAAAGGAACAAAUGGAGCUGAGUUUGCAAAAUUUGGAUAAAGAUUUGAAGGAAACACGUCAUGAGAGGGACAAAGCAUUACAUGAAUUGGCCCGUCUUAAGCAGCAUUUGUUAGAAAAGGAAUCAGAAGAGUCUGAAAAAAUGGAUGAAGACAGCAAAAUCAUUGAACAACUACGAGAAAAUAAUGAAUAUCAAAGGGCUCAAAUAUCAUAUUUGGAGAAAGCUCUGAAGGUGGCCAUUGCAAAUCAGGAGGAAAUUAAGACAGGCAACAGCAAUGAAAUUCAGAAGUCGAAGGAAAUUAUUGAUGACUUGAAUAGAAAACUUGCCAACUGUAUGACUGCAAUUGAUGCCAAAAAUCUUGAGCUUCUUAAUCUUCAAACUGCUCUUGGUCAGUACUAUGCUGAAAUUGAAGCUAAGGAACAUUUGGAAGGAGAUUUGGCGCGGGCAAGAGAAGCAUCAGCUAAACUUUCUAAGCUGUUGGAAGAUGCAGAUCAAAGGGAAGAGGUAUCAAAGGGGGAGAAGGAAGAAAUUUUGGCCAAACUCUCCCAAGCUGAAAAGACACUAGCAGAAUGGAAGAUCCGAGUAAAUAAGCUUGAGGAAGACAAUGCAAAACUACGACGUGCUGUUGAGCAGAGUAUGACAAGACUUAAUAGGAUGUCAGUGGAUUCAGAUUAUCUUGUUGACAGGCGCAUUGUGAUCAAGUUACUGGUGACCUACUUCCAGAGAAACCACAGCAAAGAGGUUCUGGGUCUUAUGGUUCGCAUGCUGGGGUUCUCUGAUGAAGACAAGCAGAGGAUAGGUGCUGCUCAACAAGUUGCAGGCAAAGGUGUUGUCCGUGGAGUACUAGGGCUACCUGGCCGCCUAGUUGGUGGCAUCUUGGGAGGUGGUUCCGCCGAAUCACCUGCAAAUGCGGCAUCUGAAAACCAUUCCUUUGCAGAUCUAUGGGUUGAUUUUCUUCUCAAGGAAACUGAAGAGAGAGAGAGAAGGGAAUUGGCACAUAAUGGCGGGAUGUCUAAGGAAGAUUCACAUGGAAUAGGUGCUGGCCCACCCGUUGCCAACCAGACAACAAACUCUGCUGCUACUGCAUUAAGUUUCUCAAGAUCAAAUUUAUCACCGGGCCACAACUCUAGCCAGUUUCCCUCUCAUGGAAAUUUUCGGCAUUCUGAACAUUUUGAUUCUGAGUUCUCAACGGUUCCUCUCACAUCGUCGGAUAACACUCAACAAAUUUCAAGACUGCUUCCAAAAUACUGAAAAUAUGUUGGAUUAUGUAAUUAUUCAAAGGUAUAGAUUACUAUUUCUUGAUGUUGUAUGCAAUCUUUUUCAAUUUAUUCUUUUACAUUCAAAUAAAACGAGUUUCUUGGUUUGGCUGCUUGCA